AAUUUAAGUUACCAGCAGUUUUUAUAUACAUUUGCAGGAUGUGCCAGUGUGGCCAAAUGACCUAAGGAUACAGUGUUUCUACCUUUCUCCAAAUAUUUGAUCAGGUGAUGGUUGGUACAACAAAAGUGUGCGGAUAUGAGCCUUGGUUCGGACGAUCUUCAAACGUCACUUCUUCAACACGCCACGCCCGAUGUUACAUUAAGACGUAGUGGAUCCUGCGCAGUUGCAGAAUGGAUCACGUCUGUGAAAGCGAGGCUCCGGUCAUCAAAGAACUUGCGUUCCAAACUCAUCGCUCUUGUGAUAUUGGUUGUUGUGACCGUAAUACUGAUUAUGUAUACGUGUUUAAGCUGCGGUGGGGGUACUCAGUGCGCAGGUAUCUGCUCCUUUUCCAGUCUGAAGCCCAUGAAACUGAAAGCAGAUGAUGAGGUAACUUGUAAUUCAACUGAAAAAGCAUUCAUCGGAAAAAAUCCAGCCAAGCGUCUCCCUCAAGCAAUAAUUUUCGGUGUACGUAAAGCUGGAACUAGAGCUCUCUUGGAGUUUCUGGGCUUACAUCCGGACAUUGUUGUUAAUGUGGUGGAGCAACAUUUCUUCAGCAAUGACGUGAACUACAGUAAAGGUCUUGAAUAUUAUCGGGAACAAAUGCCAGCGAGCUAUGAACAACAAAUCACCAUUGAGAAGACACCAAAGUAUUUCAUCGACAUAAUGGCUCCUGAGCGUAUUUAUCGCAUGAACCACUCUGUGAAGCUGAUACUCAUCCUUCGUGAUCCUGUGGUCCGUUUGUUCUCUGAUUACGCUCAAUUAGUUGCUAAAAAUAAAGAGAACAAUAUCACAUAUCCGCCUUUAGAAGAAAUGGUGCUAGAUGAAAAUGGUGAGGUUAACUUAGAUUAUAAGUUGGUCCAAGUCUCGGUGUAUUAUAAACACAUUAUCCAUUGGUUGGAAUUUUUCGAUUUGCAUCAGAUCCACAUUGUGGAUGGCGACAAGCUUAUCAUCGAUCCUUAUUACGAAAUCUACGAAGCAGAAAAGUUUCUCGGUGUAGGACACAAGAUUCAGAGAGACAUUUUCUUUUUUAACAAGACUAAAGGUUUUUAUUGUGUCCGACAAUGUACCUCAAGUACCUCUCCCCCUUGUCUGGGAGAAACUAAAGGUAGACAACACCCUCCAGUUGACAAAAAACUGGUGGAGAAGUUACGUACCUUCUUUGAAGACAAGAAUGAGAAAUUCUUUCAGUUAAUCCACAGGAGUUUUAAUUGGACAACUUUGAUUGUGUGACAAUUUUGAUCACUGUGAAAUAGAUGUUUUCAAUUCAGGGACGUAACCCUUAAACAAGUUAAAAACAUAUUUAAAACUUUUUGCAUUUGAUUAAAUCAUAAUUAAUAAGAACAGUGAUUUUUUAAAUAUUAAAGCAAAUUAAAAUUGUUAUGAACACUGAGCACUUAUCAUUUUCCUAAGGGUAG